AUGGGUUAAUGCUAAGUCCCUCAAAUGCAAUAAAUUGAAGAUGAUUUUGCUGCUAUUUAAAGAAAUGCCGUCACUCUCAAAGCCGUCCCAGAAAAACUCAACCAAUUGGAGGCUUAAAUAAAUGGCAUCAAAAGUACUGCUGAACAAGUAUCAAUUCGUUAAUUACUCCUAAGCUCACUACCUCUGUCAAUCAUAUUACGUAAACCCUCGAGAACAUCAGAAAGAGUCUUCCGUGA